GAAGUAUCUCAAUAAAUACAAUCAAUUACAUUAUAUUCAUUCUUGUUCUGUUCUCAAUUGCCGAAUAACCUUGUCUUGAAAUCAUCAUGCGUCUUCUCUACCUCCUCGCUGCUUUCGGUGUUGCAUCUGCUCUUCCGAUUCUAGGACGUCAGGAUCCGAAUGACCCAUGCAUCCGAGUCCAAGGAGACCAAUGCCCCGAAGACCACCCAUAUCUACACCAACCCGGCCCGCUUGCGACUUGCUGUACUACGAAGCCUGAAAGUGAGGACAGUGCGGAAACUUCGGAAACCGUAGAAAGUGCGGAAUAGGGUUCUUAUGAGUUAUGGUUGAUUGAUGUGGUAUGAAUUAUGAUUGUGCAUACGUUUCUACAUGAAGUUUGGAGUACAUGUCUGCUAUGAAUAUUUGAAUAUAUAUCUGAACUUAUUGGAAUGUAACGCCACAUAGCUACAUAGAUCAUUCGAUCUAGUAUUCAUUCCCCCCGGAUGCGCGUACAUGCCAUCUAAGAAUAGCAAAAGGCGAG